AAACUUAGACGCGUUUGGGGAGGAAAUAGGAAGUCUGUGGCAUGAACAUUUAACACAAAGAAACAAAAACGAAAGAAAUUUGUGAACGAUGGCCGGGAUAAAAGCUCUUGUCGGCUUGUCCUUCAGUGGUGCCCUUGGACUGACAUUUCUGCUCCUGGGUUGUGCAUUGGAACAAUUUGGAGUUUACUGGCCACUGUUUGUCCUGAUUUUUUACGUGCUGUCACCGCUCCCACACUUCAUAGCCUCCAGAUGCAGCGAUAAUACAGAUUCUUCAAGCAAUGCAUGUAGGGAGCUGGCCCAUUUCCUCACCACUGGCAUCGUGGUAUCUGCAUUUGGGCUGCCCAUCAUACUGGCACGGAAGGAAGUGGUCAAAUGGGGGGCAUGUGGUUUGGUGAUGGCAGGCAAUGGUGUUAUCUUCCUCACCAUUCUUGGUUUCUUCCUGAUAUUCGGUGGCGGGGAUGACUUCAGCUGGGAGCAGUGGUGAAGGUCCAGGAACAGCAUGUUGCUCAGUGGGGAGUAAACACGUCCUGGUUUGAAGUUAGGGAGGGAGUGCAAUAUAAGAACACUAGGGCAGUACUUCACUACUAAGGUUAAUGUGCUCCCAUGACAAUACUGAUGAGGUUAAGAGAUCUAGGGGUUUGGAGUAUGGACAUAAAUUGAGAUGAGUGGUUGUACAGUAAGGUUAUACUUUUGUUUACCUCACAGUGUUUUAGUGAACCACAGAUUCACUUUAAAUCAGUAGUCAUCCAACUCUGUCAUGACUUCUUUAGAUCUAACUCUUUAGAUCUAACUCUAACCCUUGUCUUUCUUGCACUUGGUGUGUUAGAUUAGUUAUCACAAAUAUAUUUUGAAACCAAGUUGCAAAAAUGUUUAUAUUCUGGUUACAGGUAUAUAAUUUAGAUUCUUAAACAGUUUUCUAAUAAUUCAGAAAAAGAUAUCUUUCUGCCCGUUAAAUUGUAUAUCAUAGCCUAAGCAAGUUCUUCUAAAUCAAAGCUUAUUAUUAAUUUUUCCUUCAUACCUGAUUCUUUCUUCUGUACUCUGUGCCCCCAUGCCAUGUGUACAAUUCCAAACUAUUCUUAAUUGCAGAUCAUCUUUAUUAUACACUCUAAUCAAAAUGAUUAUACUAACCAAAUUACUAUUGCUUUUGUACUAACCAAAGCUAGGCUAUAUCUCUGUGGUUCUGUAGGCUAACACUGUUGAAACCUUUAGGCAAAUUUAGCUACGGUAGAUGUACUCAUUUCCCUGUCCAUGUCCACUUCCUCUUCCCUUUUUGGCCAGUUUUAUUUUUAAUUGAAUUAUGGUAGCUGUCUGCUGUUUAUCAUUAUCAAUGUACUGGUAUUUUAAUUAACAUCCUAUUUAGCCCUUAAUAUUCUUAGAUCUAUGUUUACAUAAGCAUUACCAAAGCACACCCCUUUCUGUCCUUCCUCUUUCUUGAUGAUGAAAGUGGACUUAAUAUAUAGUUAUAAUAUCUAAAACUAAAUAUAUAGGGCAAAUAGGGUUGGGGAAAAGCCAUAGCAAAUGAGAUGUGCCUUUAUUAAAUGUGUACGUGGUGUUGGUUUCCAUCUUUAAAAAUCUUUUCCAUAUUGUUUUAUGGAGCAUAGUUUAAUUUCUCCUUAAAUCACAGUUCUCCAUACUUGACAUAUUCUGCUCAUGUUUCCUCUAAACUGACAUUAUUUAUCUUAAUGUAGGAUGGCACUUUCUGUGGGAAGGUUAUGUAUAGGCUACAAUAUCUAUGCACCUCAAAAUGCACAUAUUUUAGUAGCUUUAAUGUCAUGUGAAACUUGGCUAGCUCAGUGCGUUUAUCAUUUCAGGUUUCCUAGAAGUAUUGAUGGGACAUGUGGAUGGUAAUAGAAGUUGUCUUUUUUUUCUGCUGUGUAAUUUUUCCCCCCAUUCUCCUGAAUAUGACACAUUAGUUUGCAAACUAUUCAUAUAAACAUUGUGUCUACUUUCUGUAUUCACAUCAUCUUUCAUUUGAUUGUGUAUAUACCAUUAAAAAAUAAAGUACUUGUAUUCAGAAA